AUGUCCGCGGAUCCUCUCAGUGAGCCCAAUUGGCUGGCGCUAUAUUUGCGGGAUUGGCGCCACGACCAUCCUCUCCGAGCCACCGAGCCCAUUGUGUCUGGGUAUACAAGUGAGAAGCCGAAGAAGAGCGCACAACGUCCGUGGCACUACUACACUGUGAAGCAGCCGGCAGGCGGUGUUCAAGCGUGGCUGCUCGUUCCUUUCCUCGUGAGGGCCCCAGCCUCUGGCGGGACACCCCCUCCGAAGGGAGCAGAAUCCCAGGCGGGCUUGGAGACCAGAGUCAAGGAUGGCGUUUUGAUGGAGCACUACACAAACAUCCAUCGGAUCGCGGCCCUCUUGGAGAGCCACCCGCUCGUAUCCACCGUCACGCAGCACAAGGUGGACAAGUCCCUGCACCCUCGGCGCUUAGACGAAGAUGGCCGGGCGUCCAAGUACCACCAGUCCCCCUGGGAUUUGGCAGCGACGCUCGCAGCCUCUGGCGCGAAGUUCACUUGUGGGUGGAGCACCAACACGAUCAAAGAUCCGCUCGCGGCGAUGUGGUGGCCCCUUGCGGGGGGUUCCGCAACGGAGGAGAACCUCGUCCAGGCGGAGGCGAUAUUUUGGGAUGUCGCGGAAGCCGGCCGGAUCUGGCCGCCCGGCUUUUCCGCUCCCACGGAGCCCUGCCAUGUCGCCGCCCGCCCGGCCAUGUUGCCGCCGAGCGCUUCCGCGAGCGCCUCCGGAAGCGGCAGCGAGGCGCCCGUUGCUUCCCCGGCGGCCGCGUCGUUGUCCCAGCCUCCGGCGGGAGACGCAGCGCGCGCAUCCGCGCUGGCGCCGCAGGCAGCUUUGGCGAGCACGUCUGUUCCGCCGCCCCUGCCGUGCGCCACCGAGCCCGCGCUGGCGCGCACGUCAGCCUCUGCUCCACCGCCUCAGCCUCUGGCGGCGAGGCCCCUGCAGCUGCCUUUGGCGUCAGCGCCCGCGGCAGCUCCGGCGAGCACGUCUGUUCCGCCGCCCCUGGCGUGCGCCACCGAGCCCGCGCCGGUGCCUUUGGCGGGGGCGCCCGCGGCAGCGCUCGGGGCGCCCGCCGACGCGACCGGAGUGGCCUCCGCGUUGCUGCCUGCGCCGAGCGGUGGCGCCGAGCGCCAGGACAACCUCGCGGACGACCAGGUGGGAGCGGAGGAAACGGCUGAAGUGCAGGGUAUCGAUUAUACCGAAGAUAAGGAUGACAGCUUGUCGUCUGGAGGGGAGGAGCAGGACGUCAACGCCGAGCCCGCGCCGGAGCAGGCCCCCCCGGCUGAACCGCAGCACAGGGUGCGUCGCCGCUCGAGGUCCCGACCGGGGCCUCAACGUGCGCGCGACCCAGCCUCUGGCGGGGCGGACGGCGAGGUCGACCUCACCGUGCACGUGUCCGCCAAGAAACUGGAGCGCCUGUCGGAGGACCAGAAGGAGCGGCUGCGCCAGAUCGUGCGCGCCAGUGAGCGGCAGGUGCACUUCGGCGAGCACUGGCAGGGAAGGGUCAGCCUGCGUGAGCGCAUGCCUCGAGAGGCUCCGCAACUGGCGAGAGCUCGCGACGAGCGUCGGGCGCUUCUCCUCGGUGAGUUGCUGGAGUACGCGGACCCGAUCCCGGACGCUCCGGAGUUCAUCGCUGGAAUCCCUUCCAAGAACACCAUGCGCUUCGGCGCCAACGAGGAUGUCGUCAAGGCCAUCGCCAGCAGGAAGAUGCACUACAUGCGUUUGCUGACAAACAAGAUGGACGAGGAUGAAUGGCUCACCUUCGUCGAGGAGUGGCCGGACUUGUCCCCAGCCUCUGGCGGGUGGUGGGUGCUCCAGCGCGACGCCUGGGAGCGGCUCGAGCAGGACUUUCGCCUGCACGAUACGCGCGACUACGUGAAGCACAUUCUGGCACUGCACGAUGGCGAGGCCAGGCUUGUGCGGGCGGGGUGGGAGCCAUUCCCAGCCUCUGGCGGGAGCAUCCUUCAACCUUGCUACUGGCGCUACCAAUUUUCGCGCGGCUGGGACACGUACUCGUGGCUAUCCACCCACAAAGGAAACUUGACCAUCCAAUACCUGGACUGGAUCAUGAUGAAGGACGGCGGCGAGACUGGCUUGAUGAGGAGCGACCCAGCCUUCGGGAACUGGCAGAUCCGCAGUGGCCAAUUCAUCACGCUGGCCGAACUCUUCUGGUUCGGGAAACACUUGUGCUCAUGCUACGACAUCUACCGCGCUUACCUGAGCCUGCCUGUGUGGAUCCAGAAGCGCAAGCAUUCGACCUCGCAGUCCGCGGCGGGAGUCCUCAGGCGCAACGCGAAGGCGUUGCGCCACCAGGAGGAGGGCAAGUACGGCUUGCCCUCGAACCCGGGGAAACGCGGGCGGCGGUGA